AUGGAUGCGGCGCGUGGCGCUCGAGUGCGCCUAGCGCCGCCAGGCAGAGCGCAGCGCGGCGAAGGCGGCGGCGCGAAGCCAAGCCACGAAAGCGCGCGCGAGCGGGAGUCGCGCGAGCGGGAGGCGCGGCGGCAGCAGCUGCAGCGGUCGCUGGACGAGGCGCAGAAGCCGCUCGCCGCCGCCCUCGCCGUCGCCUGGAAAGGUGCCGCCUCCGCCCCGCUUCCCCUUCCCCUGGCCUCGCGCCGCCUCACCGCGCGCUUCCUCGCCCUGGCGGUGGCGAGUAGCGAGAGGAUGUCUAAGGGGAGUGAGGAGCGAGAGGUUGGGGAUGCGUGGGCACACUAUGAGGCAUCGUGUGCGGCGCUGCUGCACCUGCUGGCGUUCAGCGCGCCACCAGCGCUGGCGUCGCUGCGGCAGGCAGCGGUGCGCGUGUGUGCGCGCAUGGCCACUGUGGGGGGGCGGUGGUGGCGGGAGAGUGUCACGGGCGCCAUGCUGCUCGCCCUCUCCGCCUAUGUUGAUGCCCCCGGUGAGGCCAGUGUCGGGAGGUUGGGCCGGCUGGGACAGGGUGUGGGAGGUGUGGGAGGGGUGGGGGGUGUGGGAGGGGUGAGGGGUGUGGGGUGUGUGGGGGGUGUGGGAGGUGUGGGGGUUGUGGGGGGUGUGGUAGUGGUGGGGGGUGUGGGGGAUGUGGGGGUGUGGGAGGUGUGGGGGUUGUGGGGGUGUGGGAGUGGUGGGGGGUGUGGGGGAUGUGGGGGUGUGCGAGGUGUGGGGGAUGUGGGGGUGUGGGAGGUGUGGGGGUUGUGGGGGGUGUGGGAGUGGUGUGGGGGAUGUGGGGGUGUGGGAGGUGUGGGGGUUGUGGGGGGUGUGGGAGUGGUGGGGGGUGUGGGGGAUGUGGGGGUGUGGGAGGUGUGGGGGUUGUGGGGGUGUGGGAGUGGUGGGGGGUGUGGGGGAUGUGGGGGUGUGCGAGGUGUGGGGGAUGUGGGGGUGUGGGAGGUGUGGGGGAUGUGGGGGUGUGGGAGGUGUGGGGGAUGUGGGGGUGUGGGAGGUGUGGGGGAUGUGGGGGUGUGGGAGGUGUGGGGGAUGUGGGGGUGUGGGAGGUGUGGGGGAUGUGGGGGUGUGGGAGGUGCCACGUGGAUUAGAGCAUGGCCCCCUGCUUCCCCACCGCCUGCUCACAUCCUUCAACUCAACUCAACAUGCCCUGCGCCCUCUCCUCCCCUCCUUGUCUGCGCCGGCCUACAUUGGGUGCCCCGUGUGUGUGCUGCGUGUGCCCUUUGCGCCUGCACCCACCUGCUCUCUCUGUCUGCACCAGACGACCACGUGGUGCUGGACGCCUGCACUGCCCUCGCUGCCUCGCUCCUCGCCCUGCCUCCACACCCGCUCUCCCGCCCACUCCGCCACGCCCCCAUUCCCGCCCUCCCCCCUUCCCUCCUCGCACCCCCUCCCACUGUGCUCCUUUCUCCCCCCUCGUCCACCUCGCCCCUCGUCCCGCCGCUCGCCACCCUCACCGCCCCCUUGCUCGCCGCGCUGUGGCGCCUCCACCUGUCACGCUCCGCACCUGCUCUCAGCAGUCAUGGCACGCAGGCCAGCACGGGUAGCACGGGUAGCAUGGGCAGCAAAGGCAGCAAGGGCAGGGAUGGUGGAGGGAAGAGUAGGGGAGGCGUGGUGACGCGGGCUGCUGAGUGGCUAUGGAGGGCAACAGGUGCAGGGGAUGCGAGAGUUGUGGGAGGGGAAGCGGUGAUGGAUGUGGGGGAAAGGGAAGGUGGCAUGGGCGGGGGAGAGAUGCAUGCUCACACCAGUGCUGCUUCUUGUGGUAAGAGCCACCCAUCCUGUGCUGCUGCCUGCCUUCCCACUUCUUCCUCCACCGCCAAUAGUUCUGCUGCUCCUGCAUCGCCUCUUGCUCCCCUCCUCGCCUUCGCCCUGCAAGCAGCCGUCACACCGCUCCGCCUGCCCCCCUGCCACUGCCCCCAUCCGCCCUCCCUCCGCCUUAUCUCAUCUUCCUCCUCGCCCGCCAGCUCAGCACGUGAUGACUCAGCAGCCAGCCACGUGGCAGCAUCUGCCUGGCAGACCGCAGCGAGCCUCCUGCGCUGGCCGGGCGGCCAUCAUGACCCGGCCGUGCUGCGGGUGGCAGGCUUGUCCGAAUCUGUGUUGAUGCCUGCACUGCUGGGUGGCAGGGUGGAUGGACGGCCAGGAUGCGCCCAGAACAGCAAUGAAGAGCAGAUGGGCAGUGGGGGGAGUGAAUGCAGGGCGGGUGGGGGGGAGGAGCAGGUGGGAGGGUCACAGGUCGUUAUGGCUGCAGCGUGGGAGGUGGUAAGGUGGAUGGCAGCAUUCUGCCACGUGGCAGUGUGUGACCUAGAAGAGGGUGUGACCCUAGUGAGGCCGAAGGAGGCAGGAGGCAGGGCGGGGGGGAAGGCAGGCGAGAGUGGUGAGCGCAGGGGAGGGGCAGGCGGUGGGGGGCGAGGAGGUGGCGGCAAGGGGGGGGGAGCGGAUGGGCAUGCGGGCAUGGAGGCAGUGGCAUCAUUGGCAUGCACAGCACGUGCUCUAGAGCCCCUCGUGCCCAUGCUGCUUGCCUGUGCGUCCACCUCGUACUCCUCAUUCUCCUCAUUUGCCUCAUUCUCCUCGAUUGCCUCAUUCUCCUCGUUUGCCUCAUUCUCCUCAUUUGCCCCAUUCUCCUCGUUUGCCUCAUUCUCCUCGUUUGCCUCAUUCUCCUCAUUUGCCUCAUUCUCCUCGUUUGCCUCAUUCUCCUCAUUUGCCUCAUUCUCCUCGUUUGCCUCAUUCUCCUCGUUUGCCUCAUUCUCCUCGUUUGCCUCAUUCUCCUCAUUCUCCUCGUUUGCCUCAUUCUCCUUGUUCGCCUCAUUCUCCUCGUUUGCCUCAUUCUCCUCGUUUUCCUCAUUCUCCUCGUUUGCCUCAUUCUCCUCCUUUGCCUCAUUCUCCUCGUUUGCCUCAUUCUCCUCGUUUGCCUCAUUCUCCUCGUUUGCCUCAUUCUCCUCGUUUGCCUCAUUCUCCUCGUUUGCCUCAUUCUCCUCGUUUGCCUCAUUCUCCUCGUUUGCCUCAUUCUCCUCGUUUGCCUCAUUCUCCUCGUUUGCCUCAUUCUCCUCGUUUGCCUCAUUCUCCUCAUUUGCCUCAUUCUCCUCGUUUGCCUCAUUCUCCUCCUUUGCCUCAUUCUCCUCCUUUGCCUCAUUCUCCUCCUUUGCCUCAUUCUCCUCGUUUGCCUCAUUCUCCUCAGUUGCCUCAUUCGUUUGCCUCAUUCUCCUCGUUUGCCUCAUUCUCCUCGUUUGCCUCAUUCUCCUCAUUCUCCUCGUUUGCCUCAUUCUCCUCGUUUGCCUCAUUCUCCUCGUUUGCCUCAUUCUCCUCGUUUGCCUCAUUCUCCUCGUUUGCCUCAUUCUCCUCGUUUGCCUCAUUCUCCUCGUUCGCCUCAUUCUCCUCGUUUGCCUCAUUCUCCUCGUUUGCCUCAUUCUCCUCAUUUGCCUCAUUCUCCUCGUUUGCCUCAUUCUCCUCAUUCUCCUCGUUUGCCUCAUUCUCCUCGUUUGCCUCAUUCUCCUCGUUUGCCUCAUUCUCCUCGUUUGCCUCAUUCUCCUCGUUGGCCUCAUUCUCCUCGUUCGCCUCAUUCUCCUCGUUCGCCUCAUUCUCCUCGUUCGCCUCAUUCUCCUCGUUCGCCUCAUUCUCCUCGUUCGCCUCAUUCUCCUCGUUCGCCUCAUUCUCCUCGUUUGCCUCAUUCUCCUCGUUUGCCUCAUUCUCCUCGUUUGCCUCAUUCUCCUCGUUUGCCUCAUUCUCCUCGUUCGCCUCAUUCUCCUCGUUCGCCUCAUUCUCCUCGUUCGCCUCAUUCUCCUCGUUCGCCUCAUUCUCCUCGUUCGCCUCAUUCUCCUCGUUCGCCUCAUUCUCCUCGUUCGCCUCAUUCUCCUCGUUCGCCUCAUUCUCCUCGUUGGCCUCAUUCUCCUCGUUGGCCUCAUUCUCCUCGUUUGCCUCAUUCUCCUCGUUUGCCUCAUUCUCCUCGUUUGCCUCAUUCUCCUCGUUUGCCUCAUUCUCCUCGUUUGCCUCAUUCUCCUCGUUUGCCUCAUUCUCCUCGUUCGCCUCAUUCUCCUCGUUCGCCUCAUUCUCCUCGUUCGCCUCAUUCUCCUCGUUCGCCUCAUUCUCCUCGUUCGCCUCAUUCUCCUCGUUCGCCUCAUUCUCCUCGUUUGCCUCAUUCUCCUCGUUUGCCUCAUUCUCCUCGUUUGCCUCAUUCUCCUUGUUUGCCUCAUUCUCCUCGUUUGCCUCAUUCUCCUCAUUUGCCUCAUUCUCCUCAUUUGCCUCAUUCUCCUCAUUUGCCUCAUUUGCCUCAUUCUCCUCGUUUGCCUCAUUCUCCUCGUUUGCCUCAUUCUCCUCGUUUGCCUCAUUCUCCUCUUUGCCUCAUUCUCCUCGUUUGCCUCAUUCUCCUCAUUCUCCUCAUUCGUCUCAUUCUCCUCGUUUGCCUCAUUCUCCUCGUUUGCCUCAUUCUCCUCGUUUGCCUCAUUCUCCUCGUUUGCCUCAUUCUCCUCGUUCUCCUCGUUCUCCUCAUUCUCCUCGUUCUCCUCAUUCUCCUCGUUUGCCUCAUUCUCCUCGUCCGCCUCAUUCUCCUCGUCCGCCUCAUUCUCCUCGUUCGCCUCAUUCUCCUCGUUCGCCUCAUUCUCCUCGUUUGCCUCAUUCUCCUCGUUUGCCUCAUUCUCCUCGUUUGCCUCAUUCUCCUCGUUUGCCUCAUUCUCCUCGUUUGCCUCAUUCUCCUCGUUUGCCUCAUUCUCCUCGUUUGCCUCAUUCUCCUCGUUUGCCUCAUUCUCCUCGUUUGCCUCAUUCUCCUCCUUUGCCUCAUUCUCCUCCUUUGCCUCAUUCUCCUCGUUUGCCUCAUUCUCCUCGUUUGCCUCAUUCUCCUCGUUUGCCUGA